ACCCUCCCACAAACCCUUGACUUCAUUAUAACACGAAUUCUUGAUUCGUCGCUGUUGCAGCAAAAUGGUCGGUCGUGACUCCUACGUUCCUCAUCGUCGAGCCCUUUAUGCUCUCCUCUGGAUGAUCUCCGUCGCGGAGCUUGGCAUCACUGGCUUCCGCAUUAACUUUACACGCAAGAAUCUCCAUUUUCAUGACCCGAUCGUCGCCGAGUUACUCGUCGUCUCAAUCCUCACCAUCAUCUGGGCACCUCUAACCCUCCUCUUCCAUCGUUCCGCUCUAAAUAGAGCAGGCGGCACUUCUACAUCCCGGUUCGGUGGCUUCGGCUUCCUGCACGGCGAAACGACAGGCAACUUCGUCAUCUGGAUAAUGUGGUUCAUCGGCGCAGCCAUCGCAACACACAACUGGCCUACACGCGCCAUCGCUGGACCAGGUAAACAGGGUCGUAUUCUGAUCGUCAUUGUUGCUCUUGCGUGGGUUGCGUUUGGUCUUUUGACGCUUGCGAAGGUGGGAGCGAUGAUGGAGUAUAGUGCGAGGAACGCUCUUGGGGGUAGUGCUGGAUAUUCGAAUGGGUAUGGAAGGGAGAAGGCUGCGCCUGCUAAUGCAGGUGCUGGUAAUGCAGGAACUGCGCCAGCCGCGAGUGUCUAAACUGGCUUUAUUUUCCCUUUUUUUCCGACCAACAUAAGUGCUUCGUUCCGUGCUGUAUCCUUUUCACCUCCCUGUUCUGUCUCUAUUCAUUAGAGUAUCUUGUUAAUUAUUCCAACUGUGGUUGACGACCCUCUUGUAUUUGUAUUCUAAGCCUCCUCGACGUUGAAGAUUUACGAUCGUUAUAUUU